CAACAUCAUCAACCAAACACACGCGUUAUUACCGUGACAUAUACAACGUGAGAGCUACAACACAGUUCACGAGAGUAUAAUCUUGUAUUUUUCAAGAUUUUGUUCUUUUUAUUUUAAACAAAAAAAAAGACAACAAUAAAAGUUAUUAAACAACGAAAAAAACAACGUAAAAUAAUUUAAUUUAAAUUAUCACUGAAACUGCAUAAAAAUAAUUGGAAAAAUUAAAUAACAACAACGAAAAAAAAAAUAUGGCAUCAAUAUUGAACAUAUAUUACUGAAUAAAAAGUUAAUUGUUUUAUUUUUUUUUUCGCGAUUGUUUGUUAUUAAUUAUUAUAAUUGAAAAAAAAAUAUUUCAAAGUUAUAUUGUGUGGUGAUGAUGUUGGAUGGCCUCGGACGAGGCGUGAAGCUUGAUUUUUGUGCGAGAAUUUGAAGAGGGUGAUAAAUUAAAUUCCAAUAAAAUUUUAAAAGGAUAAUUAAUUAGUACAAUUUAUUGAUAGUAAUGAAAUUGAUCAGACUCAAUUUUAUUUAAUUAUAACAACUGUGUUUUUGUUUUUUAAAAAGCAAUUUAUAUUAAAUAUAUAUCAUUGAACUAAAAAAUAAUAAUGGAGUGUCAAGGUUUUGAUCAUUUACGAGGACAGUGUAAACAGUUACAGGAUUUGUAAAUACACUUUUUUAGUGUUUAAUUUAAAAAUCACAUCAACAAUCUUUAAACAAACAUUUAACAUUGAAACAAAAAAGAAGAAGAAGAAGGAUAAUUUUAUAUAUUUAAUAUAAACAAAAGGAAAAUAAAAAAAAAAUAAUCAUGCAGCCUCUGGAACGUUCAAGUAUUAGAACAAUGUCGAAUGACAUAGCAACAUCAAAUUUAUCAUCAUCAAUAAAUGAAAAUUCAAGAAAUUCAAGGAAUCCAUCAACGACAUGUAAAAAUUUAUCAACACUUACAUUUUCAAUUGCUAAAAUAAUGGAACCAGAUAAACGUUUAAAUUCUGAAUUAUCAACAACAGCAACAACAACAACAACGACAAUAUUACGACAACCACCAACAUCAAAUAUACCAUCAUUAGCAUAUUCAGCACAUCUUGAAUCAGCAUUUAAAAAAUAUGUACCAACAUUAAGACAUCAAAAUUUAUUACAACAUUAUCCAUUAUUAUAUUAUCAUCCAAAUCAAUUAUUACGUACAUUUCCAACAAAUGGAACAAUAACAAAUUGUAAUACAGCAUCAAUUAUAAAUCAUUCAUCAUCAUCAUCAUCACCAACAUCACCAUUAUCAUCAUCACAUAUUAUUAAUCGUCAUGAUACAUUACAAAAUGAAAAUAAAAAAUCACCAGUGCAAUUAUCAUCGUCAUCAUCUUCAUCAUCUUCCUCUUCAUCAUCAUCAUCAUCUUUAUCAUCAUUAUCACAUGUUAAUAAUAAUAAUAAUGAUAAUAUUAGUAAUAAUAAUAGUAGUAAUAAUAAUAAUAUUAAUAGUCGUAAUAAUAAUCAUUCACCAGUAUCAUCAAAUCAAUCAUUAUCACCUCAAAUAAUUGAUCAACAAUUAACAACAACAAAUCGUGAUUCAAAUACAAAUAUAAAUAAUAAUAAUAAUAGUAAUAAACAAAAAACAUUUUCAUGUUCUGAAUGUGGUAAAGUAUUUAAUGCACAUUAUAAUUUAACACGUCAUAUGCCAGUACAUACUGGUGCACGUCCAUUUGUAUGUAAAAUAUGUGGUAAAGGUUUUCGUCAAGCAAGUACAUUAUGUCGUCAUAAAAUAAUUCAUACUGCUGAAAAACCACAUAAAUGUCAAACAUGUGGUAAAGCAUUUAAUCGUAGUUCAACAUUAAAUACACAUACACGUAUACAUGCAAAUUAUAAACCAUUUGUUUGUGAAUUUUGUGGUAAAGGUUUUCAUCAAAAAGGUAAUUAUAAAAAUCAUAAAUUAACACAUAGUGGUGAAAAAGCAUAUAAAUGUAGUAUAUGUAAUAAAGCAUUUCAUCAAAUAUAUAAUUUAACAUUUCAUAUGCAUACACAUAAUGAUAAAAAACCAUUUUCAUGUAAAAUAUGUGGUAAAGGAUUUUGUCGUAAUUUUGAUUUAAAAAAACAUAUGAGAAAAUUACAUGAUAAUAAUACAUCAUUAAUAAAUACAAAUAUUGUUGUUAAUAAUUUACAUUUACAUAAUGAACAAAAUAAUUAUACAUCAAUACAUCAUCAUCAUCAUCAUAAUAAUAAUACAACAAAUAAUCAUUCAUUUGUUAGUCCAUUUUUAUUACCACCAACAAAUUCACAUCAAAAUAAUUAUUUAACUAAAAUGUUGUGACAAAAUAAUCAUAACAAUAAUAAUAAUUUACAACAAUAUGUUAAUCGUAAAAAUCAAUAUCCAUUAUUUAUUGGUACAAUGGAUUAUAGUAAUGAUCAUGCUGGACACUUGGCACAAGUACUCAAGUAAAUUAUAAAAAAAUAUCAAAUAAUAUUAGUUAAUAAUAAUCAUAGUAAUUAUUUAUAAGAGUAAUAAUAAUAUUAAUAAUAAUAGUAAUGAUAAUAGAUGAAAAAAAAAAAUUUUAUGCCAGCCGGGGUUCAUCAAAGCAAAUAUUCUCUCAAUCGGUCUCUCUAUUCAAAAUGUGAUGCUUGGAAGAGGCCAAGCGAAAAGUACUAAACCCCUGGAUUUGUGGCGAUCCCUGUGCUACCGGGACUUAUGUAUAUAUAUAUAUUAACAUCAUCGAAAAUAAUAAUAAUACUAAUAAUAAUAGUUAUAAAAAAAUAAAUAAUAAAAUUUAUUUCCAACGUCGACAUAUACGUGAAAUGCUCAAGUGCACAAUUCCGGUGUAUAUGGGAAAAGAACACCUGUGGUGCGAUAUACAUAUAAAUUCAUUCAUGUCAAUCUAUGAAUUAUUUAUUCAUUUAUUUUUAUUUUUUUAAAAUUAUUUUGAUAUGUAUAUUGCAACAUGAGACUUCAUAUAACGCAUUUUGUUAAAUUUAGAAAAGAAAAAAUAUGGAAAACAAUUAUUGACAAAGGUGCAAU